AUGGACCAAGAAGGGUUUGAAACUUUACUUGAGCUAGUUAGGCCCAAAAUAGAAAAACAAGACACUAUUAUAGCAAUCCCUGCAAGUCAGAGACUUUCUGUGACAUUAAGAUAUCUAGCGUCUGGCAUGGAUUUGGAAGAUUUGAAGUUUAUGUGUGCUAUUGCCCCUCACACUUUGGAAGGCAUCAUAAUGGAAACCUCUGAUGCAAUAAUCGAAACAUUAAAAGAUAAUAUACAGGUACCAAAAACUGAAGUGGGUUGGAAACAACUAGCUGAGAAUUUUGAAGAACUUUGGAACUUUCACAAUUGCAUUGGUAGUGUAGAUGGCAAACAUAUAUUGAUUAAAAACCACCCAAUUCUGGUUCUUAUUACUACAACUACAAAAGUACUUUCAGUAUUGUUCUCAUGGCUAUUGUCAAUGCGAAAUAUCAGUUUAUUGUAG